AUGUGGAUACAACGAAUACACGUCCUUGCAGCUUGGAUGGUUGCAGCCGGGUUACCGGACCCAGUGUGGAUCUACGGAGAAUGCCAGAUAUUCUCCAAGCACGCAGGCACAUUGUGGAGCGCCACCAAUCUCCUGUCGACGAUGUCAUGGAAGAAUACGUUAGGGCUGCCUUCGAUCAAACAGUAUUUGUGUGUCCUUUUUACAAGCCCUGCAGGAGGGCUUGGGGCGCAAUCUAGAAGACUUUGUGGCAUGUGA